AGCGAUCCUCUCAGAUGGUAUGAUGAUCAAAAUUCCGAGCCCAUACUCUUACUUAUUUGCAAGUUAUGGAGCCAAUCUCAUCAAGUUCCAAAGUUACAGUACUUUGAUCCAUAUUUUAUCUACAGAUUAUUGUCGCCAGGCCUCCUUCAACGGCUUCCACUGAGAAAUCUUCAUUGGGAAUCUCACGCAGGGCCCCUUCGCUCAAUCUCUUCGCUUCAUAUCGAUCUGGUUCCAUCAGCUCAUUCAGCACCAGCGGUCAUCGAAGCUUCAAGUAACACACUUGGAACUCACUCCAGAGCUAGGAGUGAAGAUUCGCUUGCUGUAGCUGAAGAUGCCUUGCGAGCGCAAUCCUUUGGUCAUUUAUCAGAGCAAUCCGAGCUUCAAUCAGGUCAGCAAAAAGUUUUGAUGAAGGAAAGAAGGCAUCAAAUACCUGGACUACGCCAAACACCAUAUCUGAAGGUAUUUCUCCUCCGAUGCGACGAUAAUGAGACGUACAAGACUCACUCAAGACGACAUGUUCGCCAGUGGAUCAAGGAACACACAGCGCCAGCUCACAACACACCUAAAUUUGGUGCGCAAGAGAAUUAUGAUGCAUUUGAAUGGAUGAUAGUUCAUGUAGUAAUUCCUAAUACAGCCGCAGCAAACCAACCAAGAGUCAGCGGAAAACAAACUGAAGAACCGUCCUCGGAGAAAUCCGGGCCUCGCUGGCGAGGAGGCAGCUCGUCUACUCUAUUAGAAAAGCUAAGGGCAGAUUUCAAUGGGUCAACGAAAUCUAGCGCCGACAGAAUCGCUCAGAUUAGAAUCGGGAUAAACGACUUACCAUUUGACAUGAUUCCUCGCGCAGUCCCAGUAGUUUUAAAGGCCUACACUGAGACUUCGCAAGAGCGUGAAAGUGGAUGGCUAGAUCUUAUUUCAAAAAUGAAGUCAUUAAUCCUAGCCUCAUUCGACAUAAGAGUCACUCAGUACGAAGAGGACAUCCGUGAGAAAGAUGCCCAAAGAUCCCUGCCAGGCUGGAACUUUUGUACUUUUUUUGUUUUGAAGGAAGGUCUUGCGAGAGGCUUCGAAAGCGUUGGUCUCGUAGAAGACUCUCUAGUUGAAUACGAUGGACUAGCGGUCGGACUAGACGCAAUUGUCAGAGAACAAGCUAUUUUCGGAUCGGGGGCCGAACAUGGCGGUACAUUUCUUCCGUUCACCAGUGAAUUAAAAUGUCUAGCAGAAUCUGCGAGGCAGAAUAUUUUAAAAGAUAUGCGUCUAAUAGAUGAACCGCAUAUAAGUAGCCCGAUUGUGUCACAAAAUGAGACUCUGGACAACAGGGCUGAAAUACCAUUGAAUUCUACAAAGAAGCAUUAUCGAGAGCUUAUUUUAGCCAACAACAUCUCCAUAUUCGACUUCAGAUGUUAUAUAUUUGCGAGACAAUUGAAUUUGCUGCUACGCCUCGCAAAUGCAUCAUCAUCUAAAGAAGAACUUCUUUCAAAAUUACAGGAACAACGCAGUAUAAGCCUUCAAGGUCUUGCUGCUAGAUCAUCUAACCCCCAGUCAUGGGAUGAAGUUGAGGAUUUGGCUGUAUUAGGAAAGGUUUGCAGAAGAAGUAUGGAGUUUAUUUCAUCAAUUUCACGUACCAUGCGCUCAGAUAUAUGGGCCUCGCAGAACGAGAUUUCAAAAAUUAGUGAAGUCAACCAAGCUACACUUAAUUCUGUUACAUUAGAAGUUAUUGACAAUAUCGUGUCUUCUUUUACCUUUAGUAUCACACAACAGAUAAUUGCUCAGAGUUCCACAAAAUCCCUUCCGAUACCUCCAUCUACUCUAGUACUACCUGGUACUGGACUGCGCUCUGGUAGACAAGACUCAAAGCAAGCUAUUCCGGAACCAAAAAGUAUGAUGCACCCUACUAGAAGCAGUUCUCUUGCAAUAAGAUCAUAUUCUCGACCAUCAUCAAGCCACAAAAAUUCUUCCAGCGGACGUAGAGCGAGUACAUCAGAACAAACUACAACUGCCCCUUCUUUUCUUAAAAUGGGGUUAGAAGAGCUUGCCGCACAAAGAGCAGAACUCUAUCUCUUAUCUCGAAGUAUUCUUCAACGGGCUGGUGCACGACGCGGGUGGGACGUUGGCUGGUCGGAAAUAACAUAUUUACAUAAUAAUAGUGCUGUUAAGCUUGAAGAAGUGGACCUAAAUCAGAGCUCAGAAGAAAAACCAGAAGCAUCUCAUGAGGGGGCUAUUAUUCCGCCUACGUGCCAUGGUAUUGAAAAUAAGCUUUUUCGUACUGCUCUUGAAGACAAAGAUGAUUUCUAUAGACUUUACGAAACUUUUAGCGACAAAGCACUACGGCAUUAUACCGUUGCAAAUCGUGUCCACUCUGUACAAGCUAGGGUAGCUGAUUUGGCCUUACUAAAAUAUCAUCGAAAAGACUAUGCGGCAGCGGCUUCCUACUUUAGUCGCAUGAUAUCUUCUCAAGGUGAGACUAUUUGGACCAAUGUCGAGCUUUCAAUGCUCGCUAUGUACGCCAAAUGUUUACACCAGCUUCAGCAGAAAGAAGAAUACGUUCAAGUAGCCCUCAAAUUACUUUCGAAAAUUGCAGCUGUUGAAAGUGAAAAUCUCAAGUGCAAGGUCACGGCUAACAAUAAAUCUUACAAUACGUUUUAUGAUCCAGUCCAGAUUAACGGAAGUUACUUAAAAGAAAUAUUCGAAAUAACUAAGACUCGUGCAGAUCCUAUCUCGAUACCUCUUGAAAAUUUCUUCGGAAAAGUCGAAAUAGAGGGUGAAAUCAGAUACCACUUGGAAAUGGAUAAUUUUUGUCUCAAAGUGAAAUUAUUAUAUCUUCUUGAAGACGAAUUAGAAAUCGAAAAGGUAAAAAUAAAGAUAAGUCCUAUUUCUGCUGAUAUUGGCCGGGACAUAUGGCUUGAGGCCGAAGGAUCCUGGGUGAUACAGAAAGGCAAUUUUGAGACAGUGGUUUAUUCGAAUACUACAAUCCCAGGUAUCUACGUUGCCAGCUGUAUUAUUCUAUAUGGCAGCAACAUAACUCAUAUUUACGACCAAGGGACCAGCACAUUAUCUACCACCAAGCAAGAUUCUUUUUUUAAAUGUCCCAAACUUUUAAUCUAUCAGAGAUUAGAAGCCUUUAAUGUCAAACUUCAUCCUUCUGGAUCUAUGCACUUAGAUCGCAACCGAACUCUGGAUUUGGAACUCAUGUCUGGUUGGAAUAGUGUAAAUACUGGAGAAAUUAGUAUCCGACCAGCUACUGCCGGUCUAAGGCUCCAAACAAGCGAGACAAAAGUUGUAAUUGGAUCCAUAAAUAUUCUUCCAUCUCAAGAAGCUGGAAUCGUGCACUUUGGUCCUUUAGAACAUCAUUCAAGCGUUAGGAUUUCAGUUCCCUUUACUCUCGAAAAGGAAGUCGACAUUAUCUCAAUUAAGCUUGACGUUUCAUACGGGACAGAUAAAGGCAAUUUUUUAUUGGUAACAACGCUACCACUAUCAAUUUUGCUACCACUUGGUGUCAACGUCCAAGAUUUUUUCAAACAUAAGUCCUUAUUCUCUAAAUUCACUAUUUCUACCGCAACGAGUCCAAUUCGCCUUCUUGGCUCUAGGUUAGAUGGAUCUGAAGCGUUCCAGACAGAAGGUGGUUCAGAAAUAGAUACUCCUUCAAUCAUAUUUACACAUCAACCAGCCACUAUUCUAUACAAAAUAACCAAAAAAAAAAGCCCAAAACCAACUGGAUGUCAUAAACAGGAAAGAGUGCUUUAUCUUGUUUUAAAAUACAAAUGUUUGAUGGAGGAAAUUGAGCACACUAUUACUUCAAAUCUUGAGGCAGCGCUCAGGAAUAACCCACUUCAUUCCUACACACGAUUUGUCGCUGGUCAUUUAUUUCACGAGAUUCAACAACGAUUUUCUCCAAAUGAUCUCGAGAAAGUAGCUCUAUUCAAUGAAAUAUCUACCUCGCUCCUGAUUGAUAUCGAGUGGCGAGAGAAGUUUUUGGGAACUGGGUAUCAUCCAAAAGAGGUUGCUGUCUCACUUCCUGAAUUCAUUAAUGAAUGGUUAUUUCAAAAUCCAGUUAUUCCCUUGAUCAAGCCUAUUACAGAUGAUGAUUGCCUCAUUCAUAGUCGCUUAAUCAAGAUUCCAGUCGAUGUUCCUUCAGUGAAGGUAGUUCAUACAGCAGAGCUUCGACUUCUUGGGCUGACCUCGCCAUAUCCUGGAACCUUAGUUGCAGCUGCGACUCAACCAAUCUCGGCAUUUUUAAAAAUUAAAUGGACACGCAUAUGGGAUGCUGAACAAUUUUUGGGCAAAUUUGAAUCUAACGAUGAUAAUGAUAAUGACAUGACCUUUUUUUUUGAGAUACUAGACGUAUCUGACACAUGGAUUAUAGGUGGAAGACGUAGGGGACAUUUCACCGUUCCCCAAAACAACGCUUUACUUCUGAAUUCCGAACCCUUGUCUUUUCCAGUUUUACUCUUUCCACUUCGAUGUGGUUAUCUCCCUUACCCUAGAGUUGAGAUAAAGGUCUUAGCUUCACCUCAAGCUGUUGUCAGCUCGGAAGAUAAUGGCAUGCAGAAAAUUUCAACACAAUCCAGUAUCGAUUGUGAGGUAAGUUAUACAAACGUGGCGGAAGCUAUUCACGUUGUAAAUGAUGCACGAGUGACAACAGUCAGCCUUGACGCAAGUGUUGUGGUUCAGGGACGGGAUGAAUAUUGA